AUGAAGGAGGUUUGGAAAUUGGAGGAAUGUAGGAAGAACCCGGAAAGGCACAACGACCUGCCGUGGAACAUACGCAAGUUCCUGAAGAACCAGCUGAGGGAGUUCAGGUUUGAUGACCUGAGGGAUAGCCAUCCUUGGUCGCGUAGCGCCUGGAGCCACACGGAUCUGAGAAGAUUGAAGGAGGGGAUGGUAGCAGCGCAGUUCUGGUCAGCAUACGUGCCCUGCUCAUCGCAGCACCUCGAUUCAGUUCAACUGGCCCUGGAGCAGAUCGAUCUGAUUCGUCGGCUGGUGAACAAGCAUCCUGAAAGCAUGGUCCUCGUUACCACGGCGGAAGGUAUAGAGAGAGCACACAAGGAGGGUAGAUUAGCGAGCCUGAUAGGGGUCGAAGGGGGCCAUGCGGUCGGAGCGAGCCUCGCAGUUCUGAGGAUGUUGUACGAGUUGGGUGCCAGAUAUCUCACCCUCACGCACACAUGCAACACGCCUUGGGCAGAAUGCAGCACAGCGGAUGAACCCGGUCAAGUGGCUCGCAUCGGUGGCCUCUCCAAUUUCGGCAAGAGCAUCGUCCUCGAGAUGAAUCGACUCGGGAUGAUGGUGGAUCUGUCGCACGUCUCUGUACCCACGAUGCUGGUCGCCAUGAAGACGUCGAGGGCGCCGGUGAUUUUCAGCCACAGCAGCGCUCACGCCCUUUGCAAUUCCUCGCGAAACGUGCCUGACCAUGCGCUGCGACGCUUGGCGCAGACCGAUGGUAUAGUUAUGGUGUCCUUCUAUCCCCAUUUUAUCAGCUGCGGCGAGAAAUCGACGCUGCAGGACGUAGCUGCUCACAUCGACCACGUGAGGUCGAUUGCAGGGGUGGAUCACGUUGGAAUAGGCGCAGGCUACGAUGGAAUCAAUCUGACACCGACAGGCUUGGAGGACGUCAGCAAGUAUCCUGAACUGUUCGCGGAGCUGUUGGCCCGCGGUUGGUCGGAGAAGGAUAUUCAGAAACUGGCUGGUCUCAAUCUGAUCCGCGUGUUCAAGGCUGUGGAGAAGGUUCGCGACGAAAUGGCCACGGAAGGCAUCGAACCGUUCGAAGAAGAGAUUCCUCACAAGGACAUAAUCGGUCGAGAUUACUGCCGUUACAACGUGAAGAGGCUGAUGGCGCCGUAG